AGCUGCAUUUUCACCUACACAACUGUUUGAUAAAUUACGCAUAAAUAUGAAAUAUUCUGCUGUUUGUUUUCUCUUUUUAUGCUCGAAUUUAAUAAUUUGUUCCACGUCAUCGUUUAUCGAGUCGAGGGUGCUCGAAGUUGAUCCGGACGCAAACAGAAAUGUGACCGAAAUAAUAAUCAGCAGAGGUUAUCCAGUGGAAGAAUAUACGGUCCAAACGAAGGAUGGCUACCUUUUGAAACUAUUUAGAAUUCCCUAUGGCCGAAAAAGUCAAGUACAAAACACCAAAAAUCGUCCAGUAGUGUUCCUGCAACACGGUCUUCUGGGAUCUGCCACUGACUGGGUGAUCAACUUCCCUGACCAGAGCCUUAGUUAUAUCUUCGCUGACGAAGGUUACGAUGUCUGGAUGGGAAAUCAGAGAGGGAACACUUACGCCCGAAAGCAUAUCAAAUAUUCGACCGAAGAAGACAAAUUUUGGGAUUUCAGUAUUGACGAACAUGCCAAGUAUGAUACACCGGAUAGUAUAGACUUUGUCCUAAACAAAACAGGACAAAGUCAAUUAUAUUAUGUGGGAUUUUCGCAAGGUAACAUGAUAGUCUAUGCAUUUCUCUCCGAGAAUCCCGAGUACAACAAGAUCAAAGCAGUACUUUCUCUAGGUCCAACGGCAUGGCUCGGUCAUAUUAAGAGUCUUCCUCUUCGUCUAUUAGCUCCUUUUACUAGUGAAGCUCAAUUUUUAUAUUCCGUUCUAGGACACAAAGAAUUUUUACCAAACGAUUUUAUUACGAAACUAUUUGCUCAAACUGCCUGUAAUGUUGAUGUCGUAAGGUCGAUAUGCUCCAAUAUCUAUUUUCAAAUAAGCGGAUAUGACUUUUCUCAACUAAAUGAGUCUCGCCUAGAUGUCUACUUUUCUCAUUUUCCUGCGGGAACAUCUACUAAAAACAUAAUCCACCUUGGACAGCUGGUAAAUUCAAAAGAAUUUCAGAAGUACUAUUAUGGGCUAUUAGAAAAUUUAAAGAAAUACAAACAGGUUCAGCCACCAAAGUAUGAUGUUCGAAAAAUUAAAACUCCAAUCGGACUUUUUUGGAGUUUGAACGACCUUCUGGCAAAUACUGAAGACGUGGAUAUACUUCGAAAGAACCUCCCGAAUUUGAUAGUCGAUUAUCAAGUACCGCUAGAAGAAUGGGGCCAUCUAGAUUUCAUGUUUGCAAAAGAAACAAAGAAAUAUGUUUAUGACGAAUUACUGCGAGAAUUAAAAAGUAUUUAGAAACUUUCUUUGUAUAUAAAAUAAUCCACUUGUCAGUUAUGUUCUAAUUCAAUGCAUGUUUAACCAGUACUAAAUAUUUUUUGUUCGUAUAAAAUUUAACAUUAUAUAAUUUGGAUGUGACUAAAAUUUUACGGUUUCGGUUCCGGUAAAUUUCCGGUUACUUUUACCUGCGUGUUAUUAGAUCACGAUGACUGAGAGUUUAGUGGAUUUGACCAU